CUGAGUUCCCAUCGACACUGAAACAGUGGAGUUCGGGUCGGGUUUUCCUAAAUCUAUACCCGUCAGAAGGGCGAAGGCCUACCAAAGACAUCGUUGGAACAUCGGCAAGCAACACCAUAAACCCUAAUUCUAUCUCUCUCCCAUUCUCUACUUUCUCUUCUUUAACUUAACCAACUUUUCUUCUCCACUCUCACAAGCUUUUGGACAACACCCAUAAGAUGGCAUUGGUUGUUAUCUGUGGUCAACCAUGUAGCGGGAAAUCAACAGCUGCAGCUUGUUUAGCUGAAGCACUUAAAGAAACAGAAUCAAAGCCGUCAGUGAGAACUAUUGAUGAGACUUCGUUUCAUCUUAGUCGCAACCAAAGUUAUGCGAACAUGACUGAGGAAAAGAACUUAAGAGGUGUAUUAAGGUCUGAAGUUGAUAGAUCUUUGUCAAAGGACAGUAUAGUUAUAGUGGAUUCUCUGAAUAGCAUCAAGGGAUAUAGAUAUGAAUUGUGGUGUUUGGCUAGAGCAGCGGGGAUUAGAUAUUGUGUCCUCCAUUGUGACGUUGAUGAGGAAUCUUGUAGAAUAUGGAACGGAGAACGUCGCGAGAGAGGAGAACUAUCUUAUGAUGAUAAUAUAUUUGAGGAUCUUGUAAGAAGAUUUGAAAGACCAGAUAGCAAAAAUAGAUGGGAUUCUCCCUUAUUUGAGCUAUGGCCAGCUAAAGAUGGAAUUGAUAAAUUGUCUACAGCUAUAGUUGAUGCUGUUAGCUAUCUAACAAAAAAAGUGGACUCUAAAACAAGGGAUGUUAAGAUUCUACAGCCAACCAUUGCAACACAAAGUGCACGUGGUUCUGAGGCAAAUUCUUUAUAUGAGAUGGACAGGGCGACGCAAGAAGUUACAAAUGCUAUUGUGGAAGCUCAGUCCCAUGCUCUUGGGGGUCCUCUCAAUGGUGUAUCUCUUGGUCCAGGAUUACCUACUGUAGAUAUCUCGAGAUCUGUUAGCUUGCCAGAGCUGCGUAGGCUACGAAGAACUUUCAUCAAGCUUGCUGGACAGACAAGCUUGAGCGGGCCACCCCCUCCUUCAGAUGCUGAUAGUGCAAAAAGGAUGUUUGUUGAUUACUUAAACAGAGAACUAGCAAGUGGUUGAAGAAUUACGGUUCGUAUGAAUGCAGAUAGGUGCCUUAACAUUGAUUGUAUAUAGUAGUGAGAGAGACAUACUGUAUUCCUGCAAAUGAUGGUGAGAGGACUUCAGUUCAUGGAGCUUUACUGCUUUACCAUAGUAGUAUAUGUUCAUCUUCCACCGAAAAUAACUGUGAGAUUUGGUCAUUCAUUUAGAAUUGCUGCAUUUGUUUUCCAAGUUAGAUUGUUUCAUUUUGUUAAAAUAGCCCUUUUCACCUCUACAUUUUUGGUCUUGGAUGACCCUUUUUCCUUGGGUCUAAAAUGCCAUUCCUGUAGACUAUUUGGUUGCUUAUGGUUUGAUUACGGCUGAUGGAUGUUUGUACUGCGAAUUCAGAACAUAUAGAACUUUCUAGUUAAUAACA